AUGGCCAAGAAUCUAGCAGAUAAAGACCUUCUACCCACAGAUGACGUUUACUCUGCCUACAAGGCUUGGGCGGAGGGUGGAAAUGUGCAGGUUAAUCCUUGUUAUCUUGGGCAGCCUGGAGAUAUUUCCAAUAAUACCUUAAUAAGCAGGACUUGUGUUCUUGACAGCUGGAAGAAGUGGGCAUCAAUAAGCCAUCCAGGCAGACAGUCCCCGGCUGGAGCAGGCAGAAUGGGUCUCUUUGAGAAGGCUUUAGGCCCUAGCGCAAUAACAUUGCGCCUCGGCAAAGGUCUAUUCGCCGCUGUGGUUUCUAAGCUACUCUUUGGCACGCGGCACGCCAAGGGCCAUAUCAGCCGAGGAGAUUCUUCAUAUGCGAAACUAUUUCAUGGAAAUAGCAGUGCUUACAUCCGAGGCUAG